AUGGGAACCAUGGAGGAGAAGCCGGCCCUUGGCUUGGGGAGCCUCGUGAGCAGCCUGCGAGUGGUGUACAAGAGCGGCAGGACCAGGGAGCUGUCCUGGAGGCGGUCGCAGCUCAAGGGGCUCAUCAGGCUCCUGACGGAGAAGGAGGAGGAGAUCUUCGACGCGCUCCACGACGACCUCGGCAAGCACCGGACUGAAUCCUUCAGAGACGAGGUCGGUGUUGUCGUCAAGUCCAUCAAGCACACGCUGCAAAACCUCGAGAAAUGGGCGGCUCCUGAGAAGGCUCCUACACCGUUGGUUUCCUUUCCGGCGACGGCGUUAGUGCUGCCGGAGCCGCUCGGGGUCGUGCUGAUUUUCUCCUGCUGGAAUGUUCCAUUAGCCUUAGCUCUGGAGCCGCUCUCCGGCGCCUUAGCGGCUGGCAACGCCGUGGUUGUGAAACCCUCGGAGCUGGCGCCGUCCACCGCGGCAUUUCUCGCUGCCAACAUACCGAGAUACCUGGACGCCGAGGCUGUGAAGGUCGUCCUGGGUGCAGCGGAAGUUGGACAAGAGCUAAUGGAGCACCGAUGGGAUAAGGUCCUCUUCACCGGGGGUGCCCGUGUAGGUCGCAUUAUCAUGACAAAAGCUGCAAAGCACCUGACCCCAGUGGCGCUUGAGCUUGGCUCGAAAUGCCCGUGCAUUGUAGAUUGGCUGGACAGCAAAAGAGACAGUCAGAUUGCUGUAAAUCGCAUAAUAGGCGCGAAAUGGUCCACUUGCGCCGGUCAAGCUUGCAUAGCCAUCGAUUACAUACUUGUGGAGGAACAGUUUGCGCCGAUUCUGAUUGAGCUGCUGAAAUCAACAGUCGAGAGACUCAUCACGAAACCAGAGGACAUGGCGCGCAUUCUGAACGAGAGACAGUUCAAUAGGUUAAGUGGCCUCCUGGAGGAUCACAAGGUGAGCCGUUCCAUUGUACAUGGUGGAAACGUGGACCCAAAGACCUUGAGCAUCGAGCCCACCAUCCUGCUGAAUCCACCGCUCGACUCUGAUGUCAUGACAGAGGAGAUUUUUGGCCCGCUCCUCCCGAUCAUCACGGUGAAGAAGAUCGAGGACAGCAUCGAGUUCGUGAGCUCCAGGCCCAAACCGCUCGCGAUCUACGCAUUCAGCACGAGCGAGCCGCUGAAGCAGCGGAUCGUCAAGGAAACGUCGUCCGGGAGCGUCACCUUCAACGACGCGAUCGUGCAGUACGGGCUGGAGAGCAUCCCGUUCGGCGGCGUCGGGCAGAGCGGGUUCGGGCAGUACCACGGCAAGUACUCCUUCGAGAUGUUCAGCCACAAGAAGGCGGUGUUCAGGCGAAGCUUCCUGGUCGAGUUCAUGUUCAGGUACCCGCCGUGGAACGACGACAGCAAGCUCGGGAUGCUGCGGCACGUCUUCCGCUAUGACUACGUGUCGCUAUUCCUCGCGCUGCUCGGCCUGAGGAGGUGA